AUGGAAAAAAGAGGAGCAGAUAGUUGCAAAAAGGAUUUAUUAGAAGAGAUCAGUGGAUUAUUGGAAGUAAGUUGUCAGCCAAAAAGCAUUGGUAUUGAGUUAGUUGAAAGAAAAAGUGUCACUGUUUCUGAAAAGGGUGAAGUUAUUGAUAAGGAGAAAGGUUUCAAGCCAAAUCAGCUUUUCAAAAAAGGAAAGAAUUUGGUUAAAGGAAGAAUUAGACAGCUAUGUAUAUUGAAAACAAAACUCAAAAAAGUUAAGAUUAAUGGUGGAUUUAAAGAGAUUGACCAAAAUACUACCUUACAAAAUAGCAGUUUGGAUCUUUUUGAAGAUUAUGAGAGCUCUUGUGGAAUCUUGAAGAGUAAAAGAAAUAUCUUUCAAAAAAGGAAAAUAGAAGCCAGUUCAAAUGAUAACAUAUUUGGGACUAGAAAUAAAUACAGUUUUAGCACAGAUGUAGGUACUAAAAGAGAAGUUGGAAUUAGUAAAGAAGGAAUUAAUGUCACUAAGGCAGUUGAGUUAUUUAAUUUAAGAAAACUGGCCUUUGUGGCUAGAAGAAUCCAAAGCCUAGCUUAG